CGUACGACCGGCACCGAGUGUCCCGGACGACUAACACCCUGCCUGUGUUAACCCGAAGAUACGCCAGCACCCCACAAACUCCGGCCAGGUGCGAAUUUCAUAUAGCUCCUUCUAGGCCCCGCCUAUCACUCACAAUGUCCUCUGGCUUUGUCUCCGGUGGCACGACAGACGCGCCCAUCGAGCGCUCUGACGAAUGGCUUGCGGCGCAGGUUGAGCUCGAAGCCAACCGCCGGCGCAAGGCCGACGAGGCAGCGGCGCAGAACUCUGGGCGCUCACUUUUCGAGACUCUCGAAGCUAACAAAGCUGCGAAACAAGACGCCUUUGAAGAAGCGAGCAGACUCAAGAACCAGUUCCGUGCGCUCGACAAUGAUGAGAUUGACUUCUUAGACUCGGUCCUCGAGUCGACGCGGGCGGAGGAAGCGCGUGUGAGGAAGGAGACGAAUGAGGGGCUAGAGGUGUUCAGGAGGAGACAAGAAGAGCUGGAUAAAGCGGCAAAGGGCGAGACUGGUGCGGAAACUACUACAGCAGUUGCGGAUGAUGAGUGGGCUACGGCGGCUAAGAAGAGGAAACGAGGGAAGGAAGGAGCGCUCAAGGGGCUUAAGCUAAGGAAGGCAUCAUCGAGUGACUCGGCUACUGGCAAACAGGCAGGAGCGACAGAGGAUCCCGGAACGGAAGGCGCGAGUGUCAAAGUCGAAACUCAGAAGGGAAAGAACGACCUAGCAAGUCCGCAUAAAGGAGCCGAGGCCAAACCGACCAUUGCGACAGCUACAGAGAAACUCCCGGUAAAGCCUACACCUGAGAAAGCAGUUGAGCCCAAACCGGCGCUCGGCUUGGUGGAUUAUGGCUCGGAUGAGGAUGAUGAUUGGUAGAUCCUGAUACUCGAUAUUUUGUCGUUGGCGUUGCAAGGAAUCUGGAAAAUGGAUGACUGACGGUUCGGAGCGCUGUAUAAUCUUCGGCGUUUGGUGGUGAUACGGUAUACGAGUAGAGGCAACAGAAUGAGGCCAUAAAAAGCUUCAAAAAGUAGGGGUAUUCAUACUAUAAACGUGUGAACCCCGAAUUCUACUCCAGAUUUUAAAUUUUCGAAACUAAGAUUACUUUAUAAGCACCCAUUUAAACAGCAAUAUGUAGGAUAUCUGGAUAAUUUAUGAG